AUGGAGGUCUUGAAGUCAGGAAUGGGGCCGGAAAAAUGGGUUCUCCGGUGUACACCAGCAGCUACAACCCCCUGCAAACCGUUUGUUAAAUGCUGCUUAAAUUUUGGUUGUUGUCAGGGUAGACAUUCAAGAAUUGAACGAGAGCAACGGAACUCGUCACGAUACGACACUAUGAUACUGAGAAACGUCGCCGUGCGCAAAAUAGGCCGCGCAUUGGCGCCUCCCAUGACACGAUCAGCCUUGCGAAUGCUGUCGACCGAAGCGAACAACCAGAGCACAUCCAAUCCAGCCCCCAAUGGGCCAGUGCAGUCACUGCCUACGACGCAAUCCUCACCUGCCGAGUCCAAGAUCCUUUCUGCAGCAUCAUCCAAGAAGAGAAGGCAAAAGGUCGUGGACGAGUUCAUCAUGAGCCUCGGUACGGAUUCUGCCCAGGAGCGCUCCGGAGCGUCUUGGACAACGGCACACCAGAUUGGAAACGUAGGCCAAGAAUUGGCGCCGGCACAACAGUUUGCAUUGUUUCAAAGAAUUCAGAAGAACACACGGAGCCUUGGAUCCCGGGUGGAAAAGCGUUACAUACCGACUGAGCUGAUUAGCAACCCUCCUGGGCCGGAGGACGUGUCGUUGGAACUGCUGAUGGCUUCGCAAGCACAUAUGGGGCACAACACCUCACUUUGGAAUCCUGCCAACUCGCGGUACAUCUAUGGUGUUCGACAGGGUAUUCACAUUAUCGCUCUUGAGACUAUUGCUGCACAUCUGCGACGAGCGGCACGGGUUGUGGAGGAUGUGUCGUAUCGAGGUGGUGUUAUUCUUUUCGUUGGUACCCGCAAGGGCCAGAUGGAGAUUGUCACAAAAGCUGCUGAGUUGGCCGGUGCUUGCCACCUGUUCACCAAGUGGACGCCGGGAGCCAUCACCAACCGAGACGUGAUCCUGCAGAGUCAGGCUACCAAGGUUGUGAAUCACCUCGACUCCGAAUUGGAUGGCUUUGAUCAGUAUAAGGGCAACGCUCGGCCGUUGCUGCCUGAUUUGGUCGUUUGCCUGAAUCCCCUGGAAAACUAUACCAUGUUGUACGAGUGUGGUCUCAAGAAUAUUCCGACAAUUGGUGUCAUUGAUACCAACGUUGAUCCUUCCUGGGUUACCUACACUAUCCCCGCCAAUGAUGACAGGUAUGCCGGACAAAGGGGCAAGCAGCGUCGACUUCAAGACGCUUCCAAGGGUGAUGUUUCAUGGAACACCCCGCCUGAAUUGGUGAGGCAUAUGCAGAAGGAAGUAAAGAUGGCAAUCGCGAACCGUAAAGAAGUCAUGGGCCGAAUGCAGUCUAAUGUUCAGGGUUUCACCGAAGAGGAACAAAAACUUAUGAGACUCGGAAAUAAGGAUGUGGACGUGGAAAUCAGCGAAGACGAUAUGGUCAAGAUGCUUGGGGAGACUGCGUUGAAUGAUGCCACAGAUGCUGCUGUCAAGGCAGGCGAUGUGCCUUUGCCGAAGGAGCAGUCAAGAGGCAAGGUGGGGAGUCAACUUGCAGAUAUUGAGGCGCAGCUGCAACGAGUCCAGCAGCAGACUACGCAUAUCGAGCUGGCCGUGGGUGGCAAACAGAAGUGA